AUGAAAAUUGCUCUUGCACAAGUUCGUUCCAUCAAUAAGAUUGGUUUUAAUUUUGGAGUUUGCGAAAAAUUGAUCAAAGAGGCUUCGGAACAUAAAGCUUCAUUGAUUUGUUUUCCUGAAUGUUUUGCAUUUAUGGGAACAAGUGCAACAGAGACAAUUGCAAACUCUGGAUCUUUGGAUUCAGAACUUUUUAAAUCCUAUCAAGAUUUAGCUAGAAAAUAUUCAAUCAAUAUUUCAUAUGGUGGAUAUCAUGAAAAGUCAUCUAAUGAUCCUCAUAAAAUAUUUAAUUCACAUAUACUUGUAAAUAAUAAUGGUGAAAUAAUUAAUGUUUAUAGAAAAGUUCAUUUAUUUGAUUUGAAUACUGAAAAAGUUAAAUUGAAGGAAUCAGAAAUUACAGAAUUUGGAAAGGAUUUACUUGUUGAUGAUGGUGGAUUGAUAUUUUCAAAUGAUUUAAAAAUUGGAUUAUCUAUUUGUUAUGAUUUAAGAUUUCCAGAAUUAUAUAUUUUACUGAGAAAGAUGAAUAAUGCCAAGAUUUUAUUAGUACCAGCUGCUUUUACCAAACAUACAGGAGAAUUAGGUCACUGGAAAACUCUUUUGAUGGCAAGAGCUAUUGAAAAUCAAUGUUAUGUGAUUGCAAGUGCUCAAGUUGGUACUCAUAAUUUGAAGAGACAAUCUUAUGGUCACAGUUUAGUGAUUGAUCCAUUAGGAAAGAUUAUUCUUGACCUAGGUUCACAGGAAGAAACAUUUGAUUUGGACAUUCAAGAAAAGGAACCUUUCGAAGGAAAAUUAGGUUUUGUGGAAAUUGAUGAUUGGAUUUCUAAUAUCAAAAAAGUAAGAGAAGGAAUGCCAGUUUUUGAUCAUAAGAGAAGUGAUUUAUAUGAUGUGAUCACAAAGAAGGAUUAA